AUGUUUAGUUUCUAUUCAUCGAUUAUAUGUAUUAUUGCUUAUUCACAAAAAUGUUUAUUAAAAACAAAAAAAUGGGCUGCUAUAUGUAUUUUAAUUCAAUGGAUAUUUUCUAUAAUUAUAUCAAUUCCAACAAUAUGCAUUACAGAAGAUGAAUGUAAUAAUGAUAUUCCAUUAUGGUUUAAUAUUUACCAACUUAUUGUUAUCUAUGCUUAUACUUCUACACGUCGAUUAGCUCCUGCACAAGGAACGAUAGCAAUAAUACGAAGUACAUCAUUAUCAAAACGAGAUACUUAUGUUCUUAAACAUAUGCUUUUUAUGUUUAUUGUAUAUGUAGCUGGUUGGGCACCCAUAUUUUUCUGUAUAGUUCUUGAACCACCAUAG